AAGUCACGCUAUUUAUUGAAGGCAGAAGAUGCUGGUACUCAUAGAAGAGUGAACGGUGCAUCAGUCAGAAAACGUUCCUGUUUGCAGACCACAAACCCAGGAAAGCCAGGAUGGGCACCGCUGGAAAAGUUAUUAAGUGCAAAGCAGCUGUACUAUGGGAAGUGAACCAGCCAUUCUCCAUUGAGGAAAUCGAAGUGGCCCCACCAAAGGCUAAGGAAGUUCGUGUUAAGAUUCUGGCCACAGGAAUCUGCCGCACCGAUGACCAUGUAAUAAAAGGAUCGAUGGUGUCUAAGUUUCCAGUGAUUGUGGGACAUGAAGCAGUUGGGGUCGUGGAGAGUGUUGGAGAAGGGGUCACUACAGUGAGACCAGGUGACAAAGUCGUCCCCCUCUUUCUACCACAGUGUAGAGAAUGCAACGCCUGCCGGAACCCAGAGGGCAAUCUCUGCAUUAGGAGCGAUCUGACAGGCCGAGGAGUCUUGGCUGACGGCACUACCAGAUUCACCUGCAAGGGCAAGCCGGUCCAGCACUUCAUGAACACCAGCACCUUCACGGAGUACACGGUGCUGGAUGAAUCCUCUGUAGCUAAGAUCGAUGGUGCGGCUCCUCCCGAGAAAGCCUGCCUGAUCGGCUGUGGAUUUUCCACUGGUUAUGGGGCUGCUGUUAAAACGGCCAAGGUCACCCCUGGCUCCACUUGUGUUGUGUUUGGCCUGGGAGGAGUUGGCCUGUCAGUCAUCAUGGGCUGUAAAGCAGCUGGUGCCUCCAGGAUCAUUGGAAUUGACAUCAACAAAGACAAAUUCCAGAAAGCCCUGGCUGUGGGUGCCACAGAGUGUAUCAGUCCCAAGGACUCCACCAAGCCCAUCAGUGAGGUGCUGUCAGACAUGACAGGCAACACCGUACAGUAUACUUUUGAAGUUAUUGGGCGUCUUGAGACCAUGGUUGAUGCCCUCUCCUCAUGCCAUAUGAACUAUGGAACCAGUGUGGUGGUUGGUGCUCCUCCGUCAGCCAAGAUGCUCACCUAUGAUCCAAUGCUGCUCUUCACUGGGCGUACGUGGAAGGGCUGCGUCUUUGGAGGUUGGAAGAGCAGAGAUGAUGUACCCAAACUGGUGACUGAGUUCCUGGAAAAGAAAUUUGACCUGGACCAGUUGAUAACCCACAUGUUGCCCUUUAAUAACAUCAAUGAAGGGUUUGAGUUGCUCUACUCAGGGCAAAGCAUUCGGACUGUCCUGACAUUUUGAGCUGCAGAGAAAUGGGUGUUCUGUGAUGGAUGGCCGUGACUUGAAGCCUUGUUCCUGACAGUGUUCUCUGAGACCACAAGUCUGUCUCAAAAGGGCAUGCGGAAGCAGAUUUGGGGGAACAUAGAGAAGCUUUAUAGAGUUUUAUAAACCUUUGUAUGUUUAGUUUACUGAGUGCCUAGGAUUAGCAAAGAACUCAACAGUAACAGUAAAUGUUCAAAUUUGUGUUUUCUAAGACUAUAGUUCUAUAUUUUAUGAGCAUAUACUUGGGGUUUUAUUCACUGGAAGAUGGAAUUGUUUUCAGAAUUUUACAUUUAUGGCUUAAAACAGAUGCAACAUAUAGAGAUGUAGAAAAUACAUUUCAAGAAAUGCCCAUCAAAACCACCAGUGCUCUCAUUCUGUUUUUUUUUUUUUUAAACAGAAACACUUUUAAAACAUGUUACAAAUUAACUUGAAUUAGAUUGUGAAAUUGCACACAUAACUUGAUUAGAUUAAGAAAGAAAUUGGGAAAUUUAAGGGAAGGGCACAUUUUUCAAUGAUUAACUUUAAGAAUUAUCAUUAUGUAACUUUGUGACAUGGGAAAAGCACAGCCAUGCCUGGGGAUAUUUGUCAGUGUUUAUUAGUAUAAGACAAAACAUUUUUAGAAUAGCAAUUAAAGUUGAACCAUUGCUAUAACCACAUAAUAACAUGGAGAUUAUUUUUAGUUUGCUGUAACUACACCAUCAUGUGUCUGCGCCUGACUGUGGACAUGUACAUAAAUAUAAUAUGCACUAAAAUUUCAUUAUGACAUAUUUCAGACUGCUCUCUAUGUAACCCAGUAUAACCUCGAGCCAGGAUUACCAGCAUCCACUCCUGGCUAAAAGUUCUUAAUAAAAUCAAAAGUUAUACAAAAUGACUUUUAUAAUGAGA